AUGAAUCGCCAGAACCGUAAUCAACAGCAGCAAGAAGAUCAACAGGACGACGAGGAGCAGCAGCAGCAGCAGCAGCCUCGUCAAGCCCGAAACAGAAUAAGAGGCCCAACGUCUGCUUUGACAAGUUUUCUAAGAGAACAUGGCAUCAGAGUAGAAAAUCGUAGCCGAAUAGAUCGUCGUGCAGAGCGUGCACAGCGUGAACAAGAAGCUGCUGACAACAGCACUCCUGCAACACCACCGGAUGAUAGCAGCACUGACAACAAUGACAGCCCUACCGCUAGUCCUUCUCAGUCAUCCUCUUCGGCUGUUACUCCUGAACCUUCUACUACUACUACUAGCAUUCUUUAUGCACCAGCAAGACGCACUAGACGAUUAAAUGCAGCCGCCACACAAUUGAUUGAAACUGCUCGUGCAAGUUCUUCUACUGCUUGUGGUAGCAGUAGUAGUAGUAUUAGUAGUAGCAAGGGAGCAGCAAAUAACGGCAAACGUAAGAAGAAGCCUUCUGAUAGCGACUCUGAUGACGACUAUCUCUCUGGCAGCGAUACCGAUAAUGAUCCAGGACCGUUCAGUCGAGCUCCUCGUCCUUCUCGACGCAAUCAAAUCGUAUUCUGUGAUAAAUGCAAGGGACGGUUCGCUCGACCCUUGGUUUCUGGUACCGAUAUCGAGACCGAAAAUGUAUGCCCUUCAUGCUUGCGAGGCGAUGGACCUAACAGAAAGACCCAAAAACGUUCGGCGAAGAAGCGUCGCACGAACGGUGGUGGUCUUGAUUAUGGGCGCGACAAGGCCCCUUCGCUUCAGGACAUUUGCAUCAAGGUCGUUGCCCAAAAUAUCGAGGAUGUUGAGGCGUUCGGUGAAAUUGGCCCUGAAAAUUUGGAUAAGCUCGCAAAGAUUAUCAGCAAGAAUCGAAAGCUUACUGCCCAAACCGCUCGCUUAUUCCUGGAGCCCACUGUACGGGACUUGGCUCUGUACGAUUGUACCGAUGUGGAUGAAACGGGACUACUCAACGUUGCGCAUUUCUGCCCGAACCUUAAGUCACUUAAGCUGUUGUACUGCGGCCAAAUGACGUCAAAUGUCCUAGCUACCUACAGCACACGUCUGAAGAAUCUAAAAUACAUUGAACUAUCUGGUCCGUAUCUUGUGAUGCCGGACGUCUGGAUCGAUCUUAUCAAGAGUGCGGGUGCAAAACUGGAAGGGUUCAAGUUAUCUCACUCGUUCCGGUUCAACCGAGACUGUUUGGAAGCUCUGGCCGAACAUUGCCCGAACAUCAAAUACCUGGAACUCUCCAAAAUCAACCUGUUCCGUGACGAUUGGUUUGACCUGAUUGGCAAGUUUGACAAGCUGACGACGCUCAAGUUGGCUUGGCCACCGGAACCAAAGAAACAAAAGAUUUCUUCUGAAGCCAUUGUUCGCGUACUCAAGGCUGCUGGUCAGAAUUUGACAGAGCUGGCGCUGCCUGGAUUAUCUAAAGUUAGCGACUCUGUUCUCCUCAAGGGUAUCCUCGGAAACUGUCCAAAUCUCAAAGACCUGGAUCUUUGCAAGUGUGAAAACAUCACAUCGGGUGCGGUUCAGAAGCUUUUUAAUGAAUGGAAGACAUCGAUUCCUGGCUGUGGACUUGAACGACUUAAUAUUUCUCGCUGUGUAGCGUUGGAUGAUGAGGCGCUCAAGGCUAUUCUUCUUCAUUCCGGGAGGACGCUCAAGGAUAUCGACUUGCAUAGUCUCGAUAACCUUUCUGCAUACGGAUUGGAGAUGAUUGCUGGUAAAUUCGCUAAAGAUGUUGCUGGUGGCAAGGCAUGUGAGGCGUUGGCUACACUCAACUGUAGCUUUGUUCGUUCCAUGGAUGACUUUGUGCUCAAGUUGCUUCUGGAGGCUUGCACUUCUUUGCAAAACCUUAAAGUUUGGGGCUGCAACCAGUUGACCAACCAAAUCGCACCUACCAAAGUACGCGUCAUCGGUCGAGAAGCAGAGCACUGA